UACUUCAACUUCAAGUUCAACAUAAUAAGCAUGGCUACCUCAACCACACUCCUCUUACUUUCAUUCUUUGUUCUCCACCUUGCAUUAUUGGUUAAUGCAUAUGAAUAUUCCACAGAGAAGUACUACUACAACAAUCCUGAACCUGUUUCUAAAAAACCAUUCCUUAAUGUGAUAGAUUCUUGUUGGCGUGCCAAAUCAAAUUGGGCCUCAAAUCGCAAAGCUUUAGCUGAUUGUGCAAUUGGAUUUGGUAAAAGUGCAAUUGGAGGCAAGUAUGGUGCAAUAUAUGUAGUCAUAGAUUCCUCUGAUAACCCUGCAAACCCAAAACCAGGAACACUUCGUUAUGGUGCAAUCCAAACACAGCCUCUCUGGAUCAUUUUUGCCAGAGACAUGGUUAUCACACUUGGGAAUGAGCUUAUCAUGAACAGUUACAAGACAAUUGAUGGUAGAGGAGCUAAAGUGGUGAUUGGAAAUGGGCCUUGUAUUACAAUUCAAGGUGUUAGCCAUGUUAUUGUGCAUGGCAUUAGCAUCCAUGAUUGUAAACCAGGAAAAAGUGGCCUUGUGAGGAGUAGUGUUGAUCAUGUUGGUCAUAGACGAGGCUCUGAUGGAGAUGGCAUUAGCAUAUUUGCUUCCUCAAAUGUUUGGAUCGAUCAUUGCUUUUUGGCUCGUUGCACUGAUGGACUAAUUGAUAUCGUUCAUGCCUCAACAGCCAUUACCAUUUCUAACAAUUACUUCACCCAGCAUGACAAAGUUAUGUUGCUAGGACACAAUGACAAAUACACAGCUGAUAAAAUCAUGAGAGUAACAAUUGCCUUCAACCGGUUUGCUAGUGGCCUAAUUGAAAGGAUGCCAAGGGUGAGAUUUGGUUAUGCCCAUGUGGUCAACAACAAAUAUGAGGAGUGGAAAAUGUAUGCUAUAGGCGGCAGUGCCAACCCUACCAUUUUAAGUGAAGGGAACUAUUUUAUAGCACCAAAUAACCCAAAUGCAAAACAGGUUACCAAGAGGGAGUUGAAUGAAAACGGGAAGAACUGGAAAUGGAGGUCUUCUAAGGAUGUGUUUGUAAAUGGUGCUUACUUUGUACCAUCUGGGUAUGGAAGUUGUGCCCCAAAUUAUACACCUGCUCAGUCUUUUGCUGUUGCUCCAGCGUCCACUGUGCCUGCAAUAACACUCAAUGCAGGUCCCACAACUUGUGUUGUUGGGAAAGCAUGUUAACAUGUCUUAUAUGCAUUGCAAUUUCUUUCAAUUUUGCUUUUUGUAUUUUUCUUGUUGAUUCCUGAAAGAGCUGUUUUGGAGGCUCAUUCACAGGGUAGGAGUGACUAAUAACUCAUAAGUGUAUCAUAUGUUACCAAUCAACUGGUUUCAAGAAAAUUGCUUUGUAAUACUUAGCAGAUUCAA